AUGUCUCACUACGCAUCGAUCCCCGACCUCUUCCCCCUCCACGGCGGCUGCGCUUGCGGCCACAUCCGCUACACCCUCGCCAAGGCGCCCCUCGUCGUCCACGCGUGCCACUGCCCCCUCUGCCAGCGCGAGUCCGGCUCCGGCUUCACCAUCAACGCCGUCAUCGAGACCGCGCACAUUGUCCCCGCCCCGUCCGCGGCCCCCGUCCUUCCGGGCACCAACACCCCCCUCGGUCCGCCCCAGCCCUCUCCCUGCCCCCUGCCCAGCGGCAUCGCCGCCACGACCCGCGGCGCGGCGGGGAAAGGCGAGGAGGGCCAGACAGUCGGCGUACCGACCCCCACGGCCUCGCACGCCGCGCAGACGAUCCAUCGAUGCCCUCGCUGCAGCGUCGCCGUCUGGUCCUUCUACGGCGGCGUCGAGACGGGGCCGAUCGCCUACCUGCGCGCCGCGACGCUCGACCGCCUCGACGUGCUGGAGCCGGACGCGCACAUUUUCGUCCGGUCGAAGAGGCGCUUCGUGGUGCUCGGGGCCGAGACGCGGCAGUUCGAGGAGCACUACCGGCCGGCCGACGUGUACCGGCCCGAGGCGCUGGAGAGGCUGCAGGCUGUUGUCAGGGCGAGCAAGUCGGCGUGA